UAUAAUUAGAAAUGAAACUUCAGAACAUCACUCUUAGAGAAAUCCUUUUGUUCCUUGAGUACCAGGACUUGGCUGACAAUAGACUCGAAUUUGUCAGCAAGAAGUUCUACCACAACAUCAUGGAAGACAAUGAGUUGCUCAGAAGAAUGCUCGACAACUAUCUAGGAAUGAUCAAAGACUAUCAGAGAGAACAAGAAUACCAUGACUCAAUAUUGAACAACAGAAGAUCCAAAGAGCAAGAAAACAGUAAAGAAGAAAUGAAAGAGCCUGAAAGGAAGUAUAUCAAACUGUACGAUGACACUAACUCCAACAUCAUCAGACUCUUGAAGAGUUUAUUUAGAGAAAGCAAUAAACUCAUGGUGAUAUGUGAAAGAACCACUGGUGGACACCAGAGAGGAUGCGAUAACAUUCAAGAAAUCUUUCAAGAUCAUGGAGAUGAAUACAAUGCUUGCCCAGACAUUUAUUUUCCGAACGGAUUGAUGUGCAUCACUGCUCUCCCAUAUUCUGAAGAUCCUCAACAAGAAAGAAAUAAAAUUGAAGGAGUUGUCAAAGCAAAGGAGCUUGGAAGAGUGUAUCUAAAUAAAACUCUUGAAGAGCUAGAGAAAAACUCAAGACAUGCAGAAUAUGAGUUCGGUCAUUACAGCUAUUACAGCUAUUCAUCAGAUAGUGACGAAGAGGUGCCUGAAAAUGCUGGUAAGAAGAUGGCCAAAGAAUACUCUCUGAAAAGUGCUUAUAAAGUACUUGAAGACACUGCUUACAAAAAUCCUAACCUCAUUGCCCAUGACAAAGGCUUUGCAAACAAAGAUGAUAAAUAUCACGGUGAGAGACAUACAAAAAUUGUUGAAUUUGAUACAACCAUGCAGAGAGAGAUUUCAAGAGACAGAUUAUUCAUGCUGACUCAAGUCGAGAUCCGUCCAGCGGACUGUUGCACCUGCAAUAUUAAAGCAUUUGCUGUAUUCGUGCAUGACUACCCAGUUGUUCCAGAAGACCAUCCUUUGACAACCAUUGUUAAGGUGCUGUAUGACUCCCUGGAAUGGAACGGCAAAGAAGCCACGAACUAUGUCAGACAGAAUACCAGAUGGAUGUACAGAAAUGAAUCAGACGAAGAAGAUAAUGAAGAAACUAAGAACAGCUCAAAAGAAAAUGCUAAGGGCAAACAAUUAGAUAAGUCUAAAGCCACACCUGCACAAGAAAUCUUGGCUGCAUAUAGCAAUGCUGCAAGUUAUGGAAUCAUCCCAAAAAUAUCUCACACAACAAGCGAAACUUUGGAAUUUUCUCAAAAAUUCUAUUCAAAGAAGUCCAAUUUCAAUACCAAAGAGGAAUUCAAGAUGGAUGUUGACAGAAUCAUCUCCAAGCUGCCAAAAUCAUCAGAGUACUUGCCAGUGAUGGAGUCUUUGGACAUGACUCAGGUGGUUGAGGACUACAACUACAGACUGGCUGCCAUCGCAUACGACUUAGAUACAUCUAGUGGCACAUAUCAGAUCAAGAUGCCUGAGAAUGCAUAUGGAAGAUACAUCACAAUCUUGGGACUGGACACAUUCAGAUCUAACAACUACCACUGCAACUUUGACAUUGGAAAGCUCGUCUUCAGCGGGUUCCAAAUCCCCAGUUGUCUCAAAUUCGUGGAUGAAUAAUCAGUAUCGGAUUUUUGGGAGAAAUUCUGAGCUAAUCAAAAAGAGGAAUCAAUUA